CAGAGCGUGUUACGAUGGUGUCGCAAUGGAUCUACAACAUACGUACACACUCCUUACUGCUCUUUGUUUUGGAAUAACCUACUCAACCAUAUCAGAACCUGAACAGUUUAAAUAUGGUUGCUAUGGUAUCCAGAAUGGAAACGUUUAUAUGGACGCUCAGUGUCCUUCGGAUGAGAGAAUCGUGGUCAGGGAUAUCUUCGCAGGAGCUAAAUUAAACGUGACGGGCUGUCAACGAUUCACCUCUACUGUUGCGGAGGAAGAGACAUGCUGUACCCCAGCAGACACGGACUGUACGUUCGACUAUUCUGUAACAGGAGGGUUUGAUGCAAAUUAUAAAUACCAGAUCAACUGUACGGGAAAGAGUGAAUGUGACAAGAUUCGAGUUGAUACCAUGGAAACACCUGACAAGUGUUCAUCUUGGUACUUGGAGACCAGCAACUACUUGUACAUGUAUUAUUACUGCAUUCCAGUUUCUGCUAUUGGUAGCAGCGACUCGGCAUCCCUUCAGGGCACCACCGAUCCGUCUUUCCUGUACAUAUGGAGUCCAAAUUUUCCAAAUGCAAUUGACUCCUCAGUGACGUCUUCUACGUGCUCAAUUGAAACUGCGUGCAACUCCCAGAUAACCGUUUCUGCGCUUGACAUCCGCCUACAAAGUGAUUCUUCGGGAACUUGUCGACAAAGCAUCACAUUGAAGGAUAAUUCGUCCGUUAUAACCCUGGACUGUUCCAAUAAUAACAUGUUUGUUAUUCAGGAUAUAUUUACCAGUCAGUCCAACUAUUUGGAGAUGACUUUCUCAAACGAUCUUGGAGAAAGAAAUGGUUAUUUUUGGAUCGGUUUUUCUUCGGAUACAUGUGGGUCACUUAAGAUAGCAUGUCCAGCAGUUUCCGCGGAGUAUGACUGUCUGGCCAGCGCCAACGACGGAUCUUCUUGUGUUACCACCACCCUCACAACUACGACUGAUGUACCGACCACCACCAUAACCCCAGCCGACACCACAACCACCCUUACAACUACGACUGAUGUACCGACCACCACAACUACCACUACUCUUACCACUACCACUGUUGUACCAACCACCACCACAACCUUAGCCGACACUACCACUACCCUUACCACUACCACUGAAGUACCGACCACCACCACAACCUUAGCCGACACUACCACCACCCUUACCACUACCACUAGUGUACCGACAACCACCACUACCUUAGCCGACACUACCACCACCCUUACCACUACCACUAGUGUACCGACAACCACCACUACCUUAGCCGACACUACCACCACCCUUACCACUACCACUAAUGUACCGACUACCACUACAACCUCAGCCGACCCCACGACCACCCUUACCACUACCACUGAUGUACCGACCACCACCACAACCUUAGCCAACACUACCACCACCCUUACCACUACCACUAGGGUACCGACAACCACCACUACCUUAGCCGACACUACCACUACCCUUACCACUACCACUGAUGUACCAACCAACACCACAACCUUAGCCGACACUACCACUACCCUUACCCCUACCACUGAUGUAACAACCACCACCGCAACCUUAGCUGACACUACCACUACCCUUACCACUACCACUGAUGUACCAAUCACCGCCAAUGGAACCACCGCUGCAAUACCAGUUUCGUCCCAGCAAGAACCACAAGGCAGUGAAACAGUAUCAGCUUCAUUUCCCUGGUGGUAUAUUGUAAUCGCAGUUCUGAUCAUAGUCAUAGUAGUUGUCAUUGUCCUGGUGAGAUGGAAGAAGAAAAAGAAGGUAAAGCCAAAUGAUGGAGAGAAACCCGAACUCCCUCCACCUAAUGAAGCCACACGUACUCCACCAGAAGGCCUGGAGGAUUACAUGCUCGAUAAGGAAACCAACAAUAAGAACCACUUGAAAAAACCUUCGGAUAUUAAUAGUUGGAACAAGUUUGGUUUCGCCGAGGCGGGUGCUCAUGGAGUUAAGCUUCCGCCUCUUAAUCCGAAUGUGAUCGUCCAUGAUACUGUUCUCCCUAAUAUGGUACCAGUACCAACUCAAGUUCCUGUGGAUUCGAACCAAAUACCAGCCAAACUACCACCCAUCGCGGCGGCUGAUGAUGCAAACGAGAAACGCAAGAAAAAGAGAAAAAAGAAGAAACACAAGCCCUUGGGAAGUAUUGAAGGCACUUCGGAAACACCACCUCAAAUUGGACAAGAACAACAUGAAAUACAUAAAUAUAGUUCGGGUGCUGGUACCACUGAGGGAAAUGAAAAUGAUGACAUCAACAGCAAAGAAUACGCAAAUGAGGAGACAAGUGAACACACGUCAGAACAACCUCAAAAUGAUAGCGGUGCCGAACCUACAGCUAACACUUCAAAAGGUCGUUAUUCAGAAGGACUUAAAAAUGACUCUUCAAGUGAUCGCACUGGAGAAGACAGCGCAAAUGAUGGUUCAGGAGAUCACGUUUCAACAGAACAUGCAAAUAACACUCUAAAUGACUUAACUGCAGAAGAACUUGCAAAUAACUCUUCAAAAGAUCGUGCUUCGGAACUUACAAAUGGUGCUUCAAAUGACCGUAGCGGGGAUUAUGCAAAUAAGGCUUUAAAUAAUCAUGCUUCGCACGAACCUGUUAUUUCACGGAACCGUUCUUCAAACAGUACAUCUUCAGAUCAGCACAAAGUGCAGUCAUCAGAAUUGAGCAGUGAUUGCAGAAACUUUGAACCUAGCAAAGGAGCGUACUCGACCGGUAAAGAGAGAAAUACUGUCGACGGAAUAGGCAGAGGACCGAAUGGUUUGUCCUUUAUGGAUGUAAAAUCCUCAAUCCCAGAGUUCCAAAGGAGAAUCAGACGGAAGUCGAGCGUGGAUCAGCAUAUGCUGUCUUUUUUGACGUCUACUAGAAGUAUGAAAGCAGGUGUUCACAGAACUGGUGAACGUCGUAAAUCACUGGUUCAUGAGGAUAUGAACGAGACAGUGGGAUAUGUACAUGAGCGUCGGUCGUCUGUGGUACAAAUCAAGGGAACCGAUAACUUUGGUUCAGCCCGGCGAGGUUCUGUGAGUCAUACUAGUAUUGACUCGUUUAAUGUCGAGCACGGGAGACAGAACAAGGAGAGAAGGGCUUCCGUGUCGAUGAGAGACAGCGGCCUAGACUCGGGGAUAUCAUCUACGUCUGAAGUUGGUAUCUUGAGGUAUACCAAACCGGUGAUCAAUAUCUGAGAGAGAAAAAGUUCAUUUCGAGGAGCAGACUUAAUACCUUCCUUUUCCGUUAAAUAGCUGCAGAAUACGAUUCAGAUCCACGGUAUUCAUAUACUUGUUUCCAUGGUAUACAUGUAUACAUACAUAUAAACAGCUUUGCUUUUUGAUACUAUACAUUUAUAGUGAUAAUAUCUUUCUUUGUCAACAUAUAAAUAAUAAGUUUCUUUAGAUCGGUAAAUUGUUUGUAUAAAUGUUGAUUUUUUUACAGCCAGCGCAUUACAACGCCAUUGUCGUUGUCAUAUAAGCACAACCGCUAGAUACUCUCAACAGCGAUAUCAUUUUGAUUUAAAGACAUCCAGCGGUUAACAUUGGUUGUACGGUAACAAAAUGACAACUCUGUGAGGCAGUCAAUUUGGUGGAGGCAGGCAUCGCUCCUGUCAUCUUUUUUAGGUGGUGUUAUAUGUUUAUCCUUAAAAGACCCUCACUGGGUUCCUCAAAUGUAGUGUUAUAACAAGUCCUUUGAUACCCCUUUAAAUUCAAACUAUACAAAUUUGGCGAUGUAAUUUUAAAAUUAGUUGUACAUAAAAUCACAUGUGAUUACUUCUGGAAUCAAUAUAUAAUAGUUACCGAAUUUCAUGAAAUGUAUCUUAUCGCGUAUAACUUGCUUGUAUUUAUUCGCGGUGGCCAAGUUGUUGAGGCGUCUGACAUUCUGCUACGACUAGCCCUCCACCACUGGAUCGCGAGUUCGAG